GGAUAAACUCGGCAUUUGAGGGACGCUGCAUGACUGUAUGAAGGAUGUAUGUUCUGGGAACCAAAAAUUGUUAGCUGGGUCGCAGUCUGCUGGAAAUCCAGGCUGUUGUUUUUCUGAUGCGAAAUCGAAAGUAAUUUUGAAGCAGACAUUUACAGACAGGAAGAUGAAGCCUAACGUCCUGCUGAACGAUUGAUUGUUUUCUCAAACCAGUGCUGAUCAGAGGAGCGAGGAAAGGACUCUCUCUCUAAGAUGAGUCUCUCAGAGAAACACAGUGUAAGAUCAGGAUCACAUGUGUCCAGCUCUGUGUCUCUGAAGAGUGACCGGUCAAAAGAUAAUGGACCAGUCUUCAGUGGAGAAAAACCAUCAUCUAAUAAAAGGCUUCAAUAUGAGACAUUAGACUCAGACAUUCAGACUCGCAGGAAAUACAAUAAUUUUAAAGACAAUCUCCUGUGGAUCUUCCAGGAUCUUGAGUGCAAAAUAAUCACAUUUCUGAAGGAAGAGCUGGAAAAGUUUAAGAAAAUAUUACAAAAUGAGGACACAGAAAACUUUGUGAAGGACUUUAAUGAGAAAAGAUGCAGUAUCAAAGCAGCAGCUCUUGAUCUCACACUACAUUACCUGAGAGAGAUGAAGCAAGAUGAAGCUGCUGAUGCUCUAGAAGAUGAGCUAUUCUUCAUUCAUCAGCUAAAAUGUGGCCUAAAGAAGAAGUAUCAACAUGUGUUUGAAGGAAUGGCAAAGCAUGGUGACUCCAUACUCCUGAAUAACAUCUACACAGAUCUCUUUAUCACUCAGGGUGGCAGUGAACAGGUCAAUACUGAACAUGAGGUCAGACAGAUUGAAGUUGCUUCCAGGCGUCAUGAAUCUCAAGAGAUUCAGGUUAAAUGCACAAAUAUGUUUGAAGCUUCUGAACAAGAUGAGGAGAUCCGAACUGUACUGACAAAAGGAGUCGCUGGCAUCGGAAAAUCAGUCUCUGUGCAAAAGUUUGUUCUGGACUGGGCUGAAGGAAAAGAAAAUCAAGAUAUCAGUUUCAUAUUUCCUCUUCCAUUCAGAGAGAUGAACUUAAAGGAGAAAGAAAAGCUAAGUUUGAUGGACCUUAUAACUCAUUUUUUCCCAGAGACAAAAGGACUGAACCUUACAAGAAGGAAUCGAUUCAAAGUCCUGUUCAUCCUUGAUGGAUUGGACGAAUGUCGCCUUCCUCUGAAGUUUGAUUGUAAUGAGACGUGGUGUAAUGUAUCGUCACCAGCCUCUCUGGAUGUUCUCCUAACGAACCUCAUGAAGGGAAAUCUGCUUCCUUCUGCUCUCAUCUGGAUCACCACCAGACCAGCAGCUGCCAGUAAGAUUCCUCCUGACUGUAUCGACCGGCUGACAGAGAUACGAGGAUUCAGUGAUGCACAAAAGGAAGAGUACUUCAGAAAAAGAUUCACAGAUCAGAAUCAGGCCAACACAAUCAUUGAUCAUGUUAAAAAAUCAAAGAGUCUCUUUAUCAUGUGCCACAUCCCAAUCUUCUGCUGGAUUUCAGCCACUGUUCUCCAGAACAUUCUGGAGGAGAAAAGAAAUAAUGAUGUGAAAAACAAUCAGGCUGAUGAGAUCUCUAAAACACUACAGGAAUCAAAUACUGAAGACACUCCCAAGACUCUGACACAAAUGUACACACACUUUCUCCGAUUUCAGAUCCAGCAGAGCCGCCGAAAAUAUGAUGGAGAAUAUGCAGCAGAUGUUUCCUGGGAUAAAGACACCAUCCUUUCACUGGGGAAACUGGCAUUUCAUCAACUGGAAAGAAACAAUGUGAUCUUUUAUGACACAGACCUGGAAGCCUGUGGGAUUGACGUCUAUAAGGCAUCAGUGUACUCAGGCAUGUGUACCCAGAUCUUUGAGGAAACAGAGAUCAUUCUUGGUACCAUGUACUGCUUUGUUCACUUGAGCAUUCAAGAGUUUAUUGCAGCCCUUUAUGCAAAUCUGUUUCUAGACAUCAACAAGAAAAGUGUGUUUGUUCAUGAGUCUACAGAACAGGAAAACAAAAAUGAAACCAUGAUUGAUUUUCUCAAGACUGCAGUGGACGAGGCGCUCAAGAGUGACAAUGGACACCUGGACCUUUUCCUUCGCUUCCUCCUCGGACUGUCACUCCAGUCCAAUCGACGACUCUUACGGGGUCUGUUGACACAGCAAGACAACAGUGACCAGAGCAACAAGGACAUAGUUCAGUACAUCAAGCAGAAAUUAGAAGGUAAUCUGUCUGCAGAGAGAUCCAUCAAUCUGUUCUACUGUCUGAAUGAACUGAACGACCAAACUCUGGUGAAGGAGAUUCAGACCCACCUUAGCAAAGGAAGUCUCUCAUCUGGUGACCUUUCACCUGCCCAGUGGUCUGCUUUGGUCUUUGUGUUGUUGACAUCAGAUGAAGAGCUGGAGGAGUUUGAGCUUCAGAAAUUCAAGAAAUCAGACGAGUGUGUCAUUAGAUUAUCGGCAGUCAUCAGAACCUCCAGAAGAGCUCUGUUAAAUGAUUGUUACUUAACAGACAAAAUGAACAAUAAUAAUCUGCAGGAUUCAGGAGUGAAGCUGCUCUGUACUGGACUGAAGAAUUUAAAUUGUAAAUUGGAGAUACUACGACUCUCUAACUGCAGUGUAACAGAAGAAGGUUAUAAAGUUCUGGCCUCAGCUCUGAAAUCAAACCCGUCACACCUGAGAGAGCUGGACCUGAGUGGGAAUGAACUAGAAAACACAGGAGUGAAGCACUUAUGUGACGUACUGAAGGAUUCACACUGUAAACUGGAGAGAUUGAGACUCUCUAACUGCAGUGUAACAGAAGAAGGUUAUAAAGCUCUGGCUUCAGCUCUGAGAUCAAACCCUUCACACCUGAUAGAGCUGGAUCUCACAGGAAAUGAUCCUGGACAAUCAGGAGUGAAGGAGCUCAAUGAUUUACUACAGGAUCCAAACUGUCAGCUGAAGACACUGAGGUUUUUGAGUGCUGCUGCAGAUGAAGCCUGUCAGUAUGUGGAGAGAGUUGUGGGUAAAAACCCGUUACUCCUGAGAGAGCUGAAUCUGAUUGGACAUGAACUAGGAGACACACGAGUAAAUCAGAUCGCUGCUCUACUGCAGGAUAAACACUGUCGACUCAACACACUGAUUCUGAGUGACAGCAGUAUUACAGAGAAACAGUGUGUAAUCCUGACUUCAGCUCUGAAAUCAAACCCGUCACACCUGAGAGAGCUGAACCUGAGCGGGAAUAAAGUAGAAAACGCUGGAGUGAAGCACUUAUGUGACGUACUGAAGGAUUCACACUGUAAACUGGAGAGAUUGAGUCUACAGUACUGUGGCAUUACAGAUGUUUCUUCUUUAACUCAGUCUUUGACAAACUCAAAAGCACUGCAGUUUUUAAAACAUCUUGAUCUGAGUUUCAAUAAGAUAGGAGACUCAAAGCAGUGGCUCAGUGACGUGUUACGAGACUCAAACUGUAAACUGAGUAUAUAUGAUCAAUCACCAAACGUCUCUGAACAAGUUAAAUCUCCAAACACGUCUGAUGGAUGCUCUAUAUCAUAGUGUGAAAUCAUCAUGAGAGGAGCAGAAAUCAUCAGGUGAACAGGAGGAAGAAGCUCAGAUGAGUCUGUCAGCAGAAAUCUUCAGGCUCUUCAGUAUCAGACCUACAAAUAUAAUAAUGUUUGGAUUGAACUCAUCCAUAAUGAUUAAAAUGUUUAUGAUUAUAAAUAUGAUUGUCAACUAUAGCCCAUAAAUGUAUCAAAAGAGAUAAAGUCUACAUGUUACUUCAAACAUUUACAUGAUCUCACUUAUAUUUUAUGCACAGAAUAUAUUUAUUAUUCUGUUUAAUACCUCUCUAAUUUUAUUAUUAAUAAAAACUUAUUUGUUAUUGACCAUACUCUUUUCCAGUUAAUAUUUUCAUAUUUAGCAGACCAAAACACUGUUGAACAAGGCAAAUAGUUUGUUUUUAAUAAAAGUAGCUCCUAACUUGUCGAUGUAGGAGAAUCUCUUAAAAAUCAUGGGCGUGUCAAUCCUAAUUUUAGGAAAUUCUAAUUUGAAUAUGGCAACAUUUGCAUUUUAAAACCUUUAUUUAAAUAUGGCAACAUCAUACCUCAUUCUACAAUAUUUCUAUGAUUAAAUCGCUGUCAGAGACUCCUCCAUCAGCCAAUCACUGGGCAGAGUUAGUAAACAUGUUGAUGUCAUUCAUAGCAACAAGGUCAACCCCGCCCUUUCUUUAGCUCAAGACUUCUCUCUGUUCCUAGUAAAAGUUAAAUAUAUUUAACUUUAUUUUUAAAUGCUUUUAUGAUCAAAGCUCUGUAUAGUUUUUAUUGUGGGGGACAAAACAUAUAAUGCUAUGCAAUAGAAUAAUGAGAUAGAGAUAUAUCAUAUCGUAUCAUAUUUGAUGCUCACGUGAUUUUUUUUUUAAAGAUGUAUGGAUAAUCAAGUAAACCUAAGUUUCCUGUUCAUCUUAAAAUAUUUGAUACAAUAGGCUUAGUGUUAAGUUACAGACACAAGAAAUGUGAGACUCAUACUGUAAUGUUUCAUCUUUAUUUAGUAGAAGAAAAACUCCUACAGAAGUGCUGUCAGUGCCACGUCAGUUUGAUCUCCUGAGAAAGCAGUGAUGCCUCACGUCAACAGCCUGAUUUUGAUAGACUUGUUACAGCAAAAUGAAUGUGACAUUGAAU